CCAGGAAUGGCCUGGGCUUCCGACCCUACGAGAGGUCCUGAUGACACAAGGGGCGCCAACGUACCUUCCAGACUGGCACAUUGAAGGACGUCUGACUGAAUCAGAUCCUAGUGCUGUCCAGUCAUGUGAUGUGGACGUGUGCUAUGGAAUGUGGUCAGCUGACCCCUCAAUCUAUACGUCAAGUCACCAUUUCUCGUCAACCAGGAGUUGGCUUUGGAUUUGUUGCUGGCAGUGCACGACCCGUUGUUGUACGAUCUGUCAUUGCAGGUGGACCCUCAGAGAACAAAUUGCUUUCCGGAGAUCAGAUUUUAGCCAUCGAUAAUGAGGACGUGAGCGGGGCUCCGAGGGAGAGAUUCAUCGAGCUGGUCAGGAAUGCAAAUGAGUCCAUCACUCUGACAGUUCUACAACCUCAUCAAUCUCCAAAAUCAGCAUUCAUCAGCGCAGCCAAGAAGGAGAAGCUUCGCUCCAACCCAACUAGGGUCCGAUUUUCUGAAUUGGUGACUGUUGGUGAUACAGACGCAGACAUGUUGAAGAUGAAGGACUCCCCACCCCUUCUCCUCAUUCCGAAUGUUCUCAAAGUAUUUCUGGAGAAUGGUCAAAUUAAGUCCUUUACUUUUGAUGGGAGAACAACAGUCAAGGAUGUCAUGGUAACUCUUCAGGACCGUAUCUCUCUCCGUCACCGUGACCAUUUCUCCCUCGUCCUACAAUACUCUGCAACAGACCAGGGCCAGAAAUUCCUACUACUGCAAGACAAGCAACCGCUGGCUCACGUUGUACAUCGAACUCACUACCAGGGUAUGAAAUGCUUGUUUCGAAUCUGCUUUUUUCCUAAAGACCCGGCCGACAUUCUGCAUUCGGAUCCUGCUGCGUUUGAGUAUCUGUACAUUCAGAGCCGUAAUGACGUGAUAAGAGAUAGGCUGGGGUCAGAACUGAAGCCAGAACUGCUCCUGGGCCUGUGCGCUCUGCAUAUAUACAUCAGUGUCAGCUCCUCUCAUCCAGGUCAGAAGAUUUCCCUACGAGGAGUCGAGAAAGAGUGGGGCUUAGAACCUUUCCUUCCACAAUCCCUUCUGCAGAGCUACAAGGAGAAAACCUUACGUAAAGCGUUAGCGCAACACCUCAAGAUCCACCAAAACCAGUUGUCCGGCAACAAGGCGGCCAUCAUCCAGGCAAAACUACGAUACCUGCGUAUCCUUAACGAGCUGCCGACUUUCGCCGGUGUCCUCUUCAACAUGGUUGCCAUGGAUGAAAAAGCGCCAGCGACCACACUUCUGGUCGGUCCCCGCCAUGGAAUCAGCCACGUUAUAGACCUGAAGACUAAUCUCACGACAGUCCUCUUCGAAUUCAGUCAGGUGACGAAGAUCCAGUUGUUCAGAGAGUCCCAGGGAGUAGCACGUGUUGAGACGAGUGUCGCCGAUACUAAGGCCCUGGUGCUGCUCAUGGAUUGGCCCGAAGCUACCAGUUUUGCCUGUUUGGUCGCAGGUUACUACAGGCUGCUAGUAGACUCUAAGAAAGGAAUUUUCUACAGAGCUACUGGCCAUUUGCCUCCACCCCAGAUUGUCAAGGCAGAUUACAUCAGUCUGCCCACAGUGCCACGCAUGUCAGCUUCUGCUAAGGCACCAACUUCCCACAGCUCAUCCGCCGACUUCGCCAAAAAGGGAUCAGCUCAUGAACCCCACACCCCACCAGAGAACCCGGAGUCUAUCAGUCUGUGCUACCUCCAUCUACGGGGCAAGGAGGGAAGAGAUGUCAACCAGAAUGUUGUCUCAGAGGAGGCCAGACCUCGAACAAAGUCUGACCCCACACCCAAGGGGUCAUCCGUCCAACCUGGAUCAAAAGGGGCACCGGAUCCGCCCGAAGUCUGCAGGUCCCGUUCCUUCACUAUGGACAGCCAGGUGAAAGUGGAGAGCACCCAAUUCUACUGUGACUCCUGCAAAGCCAAACUGAAGAAGUCUGGGGGAGGUGGGAUGGAUGUGAAGUGUGUGAAUUCAUGUGGGUCAUCCACCUGUAGGGACAAUUCAGUAGACCUCAUAUCCUUGCCACCUCCAGAAAACAAGAAAGUGAAGGAGGAAGGAGAGGGUAAACGUAAAGGGAAGGGCUUGGCAGUUGAUCGAGAUGUAGGUGAGGCUGCAACCUUUUUGCCUUCUGCUGCACCCCCACCCCCGGGAUUCGGAGACAACAGUUCAGAUGAGGAGGACCCAAAGCGCAUCAUUGAAAAGGGCCACGAAAAGGGCAGGGAACAGAAAAAAGCAAAUGUGAACCCGGUAUUUGGCUACGAAGAGUUACCAGUCACCUUAAUUGACAGCGUGCAGACAAGGACAGUCAGGGAUCAUGCGAGGGAGCUGGAUGAUGCUCUAGUUUCCACGCUUCAAGCUCUGGAGGCUCUUGCUGCUUCUGAGGAUUAUCCCAGCACUGCACCUCAGUCCACAGCAGGCCUCAUUGUCCUUGCUGCUAUCACUCCGGAUUCAUCCCUGGAUUCUGGUCAUGAAACUAACUCUUCAGAGCUAACCGAUGUGUCAGAAAUGGUUACCGCCUUAAAGCAACAUCACAAUACUGCCUACUUCCUGGCCCACCACCUCAACAAGGAAAGUCUUCUAUCCCGGAAGGACCUUCCGUUUCGAAUACAGACCUGUGCCGCUCAGGCUGUCCUUGCCUCUCCUUACUCUUUGGGCAGAGAAACCAGCCCCUUACUUAAACCUGCUCUGUUGCAACAAAGCUUGACGGGGACCAGGCUACAACAAGAGCCAGUAGCUGUUUCUUCAAGCCCCAAAUUUAACUUAAAUAAUGGUGUGUCCAUACUUACAUCUCCUGUAAAACCUAAAGAAGACAUGAGUUCUACCACUCUCCAGGAACCUUCCCAGGAUUUGUCAAGAAAAAGUUCCAACACUGCUACAGAUCCAACAGAAGACUCUUCUGAGACAGGUUUUUUAUCGGCAAGCCCGAUAGUCCUGAGCAACUCACCGGCCUUACUGAAUGAUAGGGGUGGUGAGAAAGAAAAUAAAAAAUCCUUAGAUAGCCCAUGUGGGUGCCGACUAUCACAAGGAGAGCCCUCUACGGUCAACUUGGAUGAAUCCGGAAAUGGAGGUCAUGAAGUUCUUCAUCUGUCCCCAACAGACGAUGAGAGACUGCAUGCUAAAGCUUGCUCAGCCAUAAGCCACGAAGAAAAACACAUAGGCCACAAGAGGAUAGAUAAAAAAGAGCUAACCAAGCCUCAUAUCGAUGAUGUAGCUUUGAAGAACGUUGGUAAAAGAAAGCAGGAAGACGCUGAGAAAGAUGACAAAAAAGAACACAUUCCGUCAGUUCCAAACAUGUUCUUGUAUACUACAGACAAUGCCAAACAAAAGGUCAAAUCUGAAACAGAUAAAGCGGUAGCCUCAACAAUGCCCGAAAAAGUGCCUGCUCCAGUCGAGCUGGACGAAUGUGCUAAACCUAGGACCCGAGGACCUUUAAAGUUACGAAAACUGUUUUCGGCCACGUUUCCCACAAGAAUGAGGCGCGAAACUGACGAAAGACAAGCGCAGCUGCGCAAAGUUAAGCAGUACGAGAUGGAGUUCCUUGAAGAGCUGCUUCGACCGCAGGGCAAAAUAGGCAUGCCGCGUCAAGAAAUUCUUUACCCGCUGGUGCCCAGACCUUGCUCGUGCCAGGUGCGUAGCAGUCCUCUGCAAAAAGUGCCAGGGAUGUCUCGUGAGCAAAGACGCAGUUGUGAUUGUAAGCGCAUGAUAAGAGGUAUCCAUGCCCCACCCAACAGUUCUGAAGAGCCUGAACCAAGGAAGAGGCCAAGAGCGCGGGGGGAAGGUCAACCGGGAAUUCGACUUGUGCGUUCCUCCAGUCUGGAGUCACGGGGAUCCGAGAAGAUGACUUCAUGUCUUACAAGUGGCCCUACGCGAGGGGAAAGCUCGGUUCAAUGCGCAAACCUGCCACAAAAACAUAGUGCCGGGGAAGUGAAAAAAAAAGAAGUGCCCUGCAACCCGCCCCCUGCUAAACCACAAAAGAAAGAGGUGGAGCCUCCCGUAUUAAGAAGCAAAAUGCCAGAUUUGAAGGGGAACAAGGAGGAAAGAAAGACAUUAGUUACCCUACCGGUGGAAGAAGAAGUAUUUGCAGUUCAAUCUAAAUUGCCCGCAGAGGAAAACGUAAUGCCGGGGGAGAAAUGCUGCUCCAUCCGCCACUGCUUCAACUGUCGACGGUGCUCAUCGGCUGAUGAGAGCAGUGACAGGGAUGAGUUAUCAUACUCCAUUCCCAUGCAGAUUCUUCCAGGGAUAAGCCUGAAUUCAGAGACCACCCCACUGUUAAGCCAGACCCUUCAAGUCCUAGACGCUAGCGUGUGCAGCUCCCAUGAAGAUAACCAGACCCAAGAGAUUGAUCUUCGCACGGCUACGUUUGAGGGCAGCCUGGCCAAGGUGAACGCUCUGCAUGGACGUUCGUAUUCCCUCCCAGAUGGCUUCAUGUCCGUGCAGCGUGAUACCAGUGAACUCCUUACCGUGUUGCGUCAAUGUGUCGUCAGCACCGAGGCUUCGGAGCCCAAGCUGGACUCCACGCACCUCAGCCAACGCAAGCAAGAGUUGACCAUGCGGUUUAAGGAGUUCCGCGCGUCCUGCAGGAGAAUGGCUGGCGUGGACAAGAACCCGGAGCAUAUGCUGACGGCAGUGACUUGCAGCUUUCAGGUCCUCUGCAGUCUGAUCGAGACUUUUGUAAAACUGGUGUUUUUGAUCCGUUCCGAAAGCCAGCGUCAGGAGCUCCUGGCAAAAGUAGAGGAAGUGGUGAGAAAUUACACUUUCUUGCUCCGGGCAGCGGAGGAAUCUAGCUCUCGGACAGUUGGGCAGUGCAACACUGUGGUGGGACAGUUGGCCAAGCAGUCUGCCACGGUGGCCACGGCAGUUAGUACUUUUUCUCGUUCUAUCAAGUCUUUAAUGAGCAAAUAGUGAGUGUAAGCACGGUUUGAGUGUAUGUCUGGGCAAAAUAAAGGAAAAAAAAAAAACAUAUUCAGUAAAUCUCUGCAAUACAUGCGCAUUUCCCCUUGUUUUAUCCUUUUAAAAUGCUGAAAAAUGCCUGUUGAUGUGCCGCAAAUACA